GUUCACACUCGUGACAUCGGGUAACGUUAUAUUUCAGAUACAUCGUAUGGAAAUAGCGACAGCGUCAUGGCCGAAAUUUGGACAAAAAAGAAAAAAAUAUUGUCGCGCAAAGAACGCUUUAAAAUACCCGGCGACGAUAUCAAUAAGAAAAAGGAUAAAGAAGAUAACGCCGAACAAUUGUUGACGCAGACCGAAGACGAAAUACUUCAACUUCAAGCCGAGGAAAAAAUCAAAUAUGAAAAAGCAUUGCAAGAAUAUACAUCACGUUGCGAAAAGAUUAAAAAUAGUUGCGAAAAAUUUCAAAAUCUGAGAUUCGAAAUGGCUGAAAUGCAAAACCAAGACCGAAACAGAAACACGCAUCAAAAAUACCCCGAAAUCACGAACCUGAACAGAAUUGUGCCCUGGGUAAACGAACGCAUAUCAAAAUGGUGCAGCGAAAAAAUUCAAACGAAUCACGUAAAAAACCAAAUAAACGACUACAUUGAAAUAUUAAAUAUGCUAACCGAUUACAUAGAAAAUCCAUUAAAUCUUCAACAUUUGGAAUACUGGAGUGAAUGUAAACGAAACCUACGAGAUGAACUGUAUCGUAAACUCGACUAUGUCAGUUAUACUGUAAUAAAAAAUAUAGAAAAAAAAAUGGCGUACUUGGAUUUAGAUGUGAUGUUUUAUAAAGAAUGUAACGAUUACUUCACUAACUUGAUAUGGACUGUGUUGGAUAAACCUAAACAAGGUAAAGAUGAUAAAUUCCCACUGUCGAGUAAUUUUGGAGACCUCGGAGUGAUUGUAAAUUUACCAAAAUUUUUCUAUCGAAAGCCAAUCGUUGUCAGAUGCUUAUGGACCACGCAAGAUUACUUUUCAGAAGACUGUCCUUCGCAUAAAGAGAAAAAUCUGCCGGAAGAGCACAUCGGUGAUUUUCACCAAUACCAUAAACGUAUCUGGGAACAAGAGGAGAUGCUUCGAAUCAAACAACAAGAAGAUAUGAAUACUCAGCUGGAAAAAGAAAAAGCGUUAAAUCUUUUCAAUAAAAUUAAACACUUGAUACCUUCCACAUCUAAAGAAAAUCUUUUCAGCGAAACGAAACCACCAACCGAGGAAACGGAAAAAUCGAAAGAUAUUUCGCUCAAGAAAUUAGUUCAUUUGAAAAAAUCACCAUCCCAAAAACAAAUCGACAUCGAUCGUCACGAAAUCGAACGUUUCAAACAAUACUUCGUCGUCGAUUUGGAGAAAUUCGAAUGCAAUAUGCGAAAAUACAAUAUCGUAGGUGGAGUCUACCAUUUGGAAUUGAUAAAACAACCUCCUCAACCGAAAUUACUCAAAGACGGGGCCGUUUUGAGAAUGAUUAUUGGUGCAGAUGAAUUACAACGAUGGGAAUACCUGGAAACAUACGAACCUCCUGUGGUCAAAACAGGUACAACGAAGCAGUCUACUGACGAUGACGAUGAGGAUGCUGAGAACACACCUGAAGGAAAACUACUUUCGAAAUUGGUUUUGAUAACGAUGAAAUUACCAGACCACGUGUUAUGGUUCGACUCACCCGUGGUAGUUCAUUGGGAUACGGAGAAACACUACUGGUCAACAGAAUACAUUUACGAGAUGAAAUUCAACGAAGAGAAGCAAACGUUAUCAUUUCGUGCUGGUAAAAUGACAGCAUUUGGAUUGGCAGUAUUCAAGUAUAAUAAUUUCCCUUAUCAAAGUUGGGAACUAAAACCAGAUUUUCGCGGCGAAUCACCUCAAGUCAUCUUCGGCUUGACGACUUCGGCUCUCGUAUUGGAGUUUAUAAUUCGCCGAAAUGAAGUAUGUCUGACAUUGCUGGAAAAUGCCAAUACGAUGGCUUUACAACAACACGUCGGUAUAUUUUACCCUGCUCGAAUUCUCGCUCGCAUAUUAAAACAAGGCGGCGUUAACAUAUUUCCAUCUCAGGACGCGUGUUUAUACGUCGACAGCAUGCCAAAGAAACACCACAUCAUCGAGGAUCAUUUACACCACUGUAUGGCGUACCUUUGCCAAUGCUUCGAAUUCUCUUGGUCCAGAUGGAAUCUAUCAGCCGGGUAUAAAAAAUUCAUCCUUCAAAUACGCCAAACGAAAAGUAAAAAUAAUCAACUAUUGAUGGUGACCGAUGAGAAAACUAUCGUUACCGAAUGUACCGACGUCAGUCAGUCGUUCACCGAUACUGCAAUUUCGGGAAUGAAAUUUUACCCGGAUUUGUUGACAUUAGCCCAAGACUACGGUGAUGAAGAUUCAAAACAAAUAAUGUCUAAAGUGGACCCGAUAUUUAUAGAAACCGUUUAUUACUUCCUAUCUGAAACUCGUGUUAUGAGCUUUUCUUGAUAUCGUCGAAAACAGUCGCGACCUACACACUCUAUCUCUCUCGUUGCCAUCCGUCAAUUUAAUAACUUGCUUUUUAUUUGCUUUAUUUUGUAAUUUACGAUAUAAAACGUUUCCUACGAUGCUUUUGAUGAAUCGAGCAGAGUAAAUUUUUACGUUAUCGUAGUCUUCGUUUUAAAAGGGGUUAAUGAAAAAGAUUUUCUUAGCUUGAUAACUAAUUUAUAUAAUCUCCUUCUGCCUCCCGUAGGGGCCGUAGGUAGGUACAGUC